AUGUACAACGGCAUUGGUUUGACAACUCCCCGUGGAAGUGGCACGAAUGGUUACGUCGUCCGCAACCUUUCGACACUCCGCACACACCAGACUCCUUCAGACAGAGCUACCGCUUGGGAUGCAGCUCCUCCAAAGCACAGAGAGCCAGACGAGGGUAUUCUUGAACACGAGCGCAAGCGCAAGGUAGAGGUCAAGUGUCUUGAGCUGCAGCUAGAACUCGAAGAUGAAGGCAAUCUGGCCGAGGCUGAAAUUGAAGUCAAGGUUGACGAGCUUCGUACCAAGCUUCUCGCCGAUAUGUCCUUUGCUGGGCCCGCAAAAAAGCCUUCUGAUACUCAUGGAAUGGCUGCCGCCAAAAAGGCCGAGCUGAGUAAAAUGGCUCGUGCCUUGGGCACAAGGAACGACUACUCUGAAGGCGAGGCAUUUGACCGCGAGAAGCAAGAGGAAAACAAGAUCCGUCGUCUCACAGAGCGGGAGGAAAGGGAUAGGAGGAGGGACGAGGAGAGGGCCAAGAUGGAGGAGCAGAGGCAGAAGUGGGAGGCUGAGAAGCGAGAGCGCGAUCGUCUCAGGCGGCGUGAGGAAGAUCGGCGACGGAGGGAGGGCGAGGAUCCAGAUAGGCGACGGAGGGACAUGCCUCCCCCUCCGCUUCCUCCGUCGAGGGACAGGCGAGACUUCCGUGGAGAACGAGAGCGUAGAAGCCGCAGUCCGCCGCGGCGCUCUUACGGACGUGACAGAGACAUGCGGCGGGGACGUUCUAACUCGCGUUCUCGUUCUCCUCCUCCGCGUCGCCGCUCGCCGUCUUCUGAUCGGUCCAGGUCUCCUCCCGCACGCUAUCAGCGGUCUGGCACACCACCCCCUCCCUCACGGCGCUCGCCACCUCCGACUCCGCCCCAGCUUGAACGUUCCCCUCCUCGCCGCCGUUACCGCUCACCUCGCAGGUCUCCCUCGCUGGACCGGGACCGGCGCCGAUCCAUGUCUCCUGCUUCGCCUCGACGUCGUUCUUUGUCUCCCGAAGAGAGGGGCCGAAAACUGACUGCGUCUCCGAAGUCGACUGGCCGGGCACGAUCAGACUCUGCAGGAUCCUCUUCCAUGUCGGUCAGCACGGGACGAAGCGAGUCGAGAUAAGCUAGCUGUGAUCAGUGUGGUCCAAAAAACGUUAUUUGCAUCUGUUCGCUUCCACUCCUGUACAUGUAAUACAUAUGCUUCAUGGUCGGUUCCUACGCCCGUAGUCCCUGUAAUAUUCAUGGACACCAAUUAUGAGUUCCCAUUUAUACAC